AUGGCCGAGUUGAACUCACCGGAGUUGGUGUUAUCCUGCAGACGCUCCGUUCCGGGAGCCGUACCAUACGAAGAAUCAUUUUUCGGGUCGAAAGGCUUCAAGCAAUGCAUUCCCAUGAACCCCGACCAGAUUGGGUUGGCCACGUCGAUAUUCUCCAUUGGUGGGUUAAUCGGCUCAUUUUACGUGGGAGCGAUCACUGAUAAGUACGGGCGGAAAGUCACUAGCUAUAUACACUGUGCCAUGUUUAUCCUAGGCUCAAUCUUGAAUGGGUUAAGCAACAGUUUCAUCGGGUUGGUGUUUGGGAGAUUUGUGUGUGGGUUAGGCGCGGGGCUGGCUUUGGUUGUCACUUCGUUGUAUAUCAAUGAAGUGGCACCUACGCACGCCAAGGGUUUACUCGGCUCGAUGAAUCAAGUGAGUAUCAAUAUCGGCAUCUUGAUCACCCAGAUGCUUGCGUUGAAGUUGUCGAACGAUAACGACUGGAGAUGGUUGUUGAUUGCCGCUGCCGUCAUUGCAACAUGCAAUGUUAUCGUUUUGGUAGUGAGUGUCCAUGAGUCUCCUGUUUGGUUGUUUGCUCAAGGUGCACAUGACGAAGCAUACAAGACGUUGCAUAGACUUAGAGGAGGCAGUUAUUCGCAAGUCACUGAAGAGGUUGAGAGUUGGAAGCAAAAUGCUAGUGAUGGUGGUAGUACCAAUGGAAAUGGAAAUGGCGGAGAAAACGACCCAGAGUCGGAUGCACUUGUAGUCGAGGAUAGUCAACUCGAAGAUGGUCGUCCAUCGGUAGAAGUCUUUGACGAUGACGAUGAAACUUCUGAAAAAGGAUCGGUUUCACUCAAGAAAUACAUCACAUCUCCCGAGUAUGCCAAAUCCAGAAUUGCCUCAACAGGUAUUUUGAUUUUGCAACAGUUUGACGGGAUCAAUUCAAUUAUAUUCUACGGCGUCUCGGUUCUUGUGUCGAUUUUCCCAAACCACUCAAUCUUGGUCAACUGCUUGAUCUCGUUGGUGAACGUGGUUGUCACGUUUGGCGCCGCCAACGUUGUUGAUCGCUUGGGAAGGAAACCAAUGCUUCUUACAUCGGUUUCGUUUUUGGGAGUAGCCACCGUUCUCAUGGGGUUGGGGAUCAUCAACAACAGCUCAAUCUUGGCCAUUGUGGGAACUUUCACCUACAUAACAUUCUUUGCUAUUGGCCUAGGACCAAUUCCAUUCUUGCUAGUUGGUGAAGUCUCUCAACCUCAAGCCAAAGCUGCUGCGCAAAGUUUCGGAACCGUGUUGAAUUGGGUGGCUACAUUUAUUGUUGGCUAUUCGUUCCCAGUGUUGUUACACUCAAUUGGUGGCUAUGUUUACUUCAUUUUUACAGUAAUGUGUGCCUUUAGUGUCUGGUUCAUCAGAAACUACAUUCCUGAAACGAAAGGCAAGUCCACCUAUGCCGAAGUCUGGGGUACAUUUGAAAAUCAUCGCUGA